CUUUACGAUGGCAAUCAUAACAGUUUCGGUCCCCUCCGUUAUAUCAUAAAAACACACCAAAUUUGGACCAGAUCGGCGCUGGCGAGCUCCCAUCGAUUUCUUGUCAAUUACCUUCGCUUCGCCGGCGGGAGUGAGCUCGUCUCGUAGUAGGAAUUUUUUUCUGGCAUCUAAUCAUCCCCGAAAGAGAUGUCGCAAUCAAAAGAAGUAAGGUAUACUUCUCGAUCAAUCACACCUCCUCCAAAGAGACGUAGUAGAUCAAGAUCAUUAUCGACAUCAAGGGAAAGGAGUCGCUCUAGGAGCCAAGAUUCUAGAGAUACAAGGAAUCCUGGAAACAACUUGUAUGUAACAGGUUUAUCCGCACGAGUGACUAGCAGUGAUCUUGAGAAGUAUUUUAGCAAAGAAGGAAGGGUUCAGGAAUGCCAUGUGGUCAAGGAUCCCCGAACAAAGGAAUCUCGUGGUUUUGGCUUUGUAACAAUGGAGACUGUGGGGGAUGCAGACUGCUGCAUUAAGUACCUGAACCAUUCUGUCCUUGAAGGCCGCUUAAUCACAGUGGAGAAGGCAAAAAGGAGGCGUGGGAGGACACCAACUCCUGGAAAAUACCGUGGUGCAAGAGAAAGAAGAGGUCGUGGUCAUAGACAUUCACGCAGCUACUCACCUCAUCGACCACGUGAAAGAGAUCACCCUCAUUCAAGGGGCCGACGGCAAAGAUCCCACUCACCAUAUGAACGGGAGUCACAAAGAAGGCGCAGAGAGCAAUCAAUUUCACCUACCAGCAAUGGCAACCUCAGAUCUGAUUAGCACGCUAAUCUGCGAAUCUUCUUAUCCACUAUGUUUAAAUCAGUGUAUCAAUUAUAAGUUCUGACAGAGCAGCAGAAACUUCCUUGCUUUCUUGGAUAGGAAUGCAGGAAUUUCAUCUCCAAUCCCAACUUUGAGCUAUUGGGGUGACGUCCACGUGUAUGAUGGUUCAUCGAUCAUGUUUCAGACAGCAUGCAGUGUUGCCUUGAUGCACAAUGGGCAUUUUAUUCUGCCCACAAACAAGUUUCUCGUUAUCUUCUUUUUUUUCUUUUUCUUUUGCUCUGCAUAUGUUAAGGUUUCGCAUUUUGACAUUUGAAGGAUUGCAGGAUAAAAAGUGACAAAAAAAGGCAUACAUUGUGUCAGAAUCA